GCUAGCGGCAGGCUCGGGGAGCUGGAGACGCGCACCCAGACUUCCGAGAGGUGCACCGCAGGGAGGAGCGGGGCGCACAGCCAGUAACAAGAACAAACAACAACCACCAGCUCCUCCGGCCACCUCCGCCACGAUGGAUGAAAACACAGCAAAGCCCCAUUGGUCGACGGGCAGCAAUGCGCACCCCGCCCGCCAGCUCGCGUCCCGCCCGGAUCGCGGCACUUGCCCAGCCACACCUGGUCCGCGCGAAGGCGCAACCGGCCUCGUACUCCGUGGGACCCGCGACCCCGCGACAGCCCUGCCGGUGCCCACGGACGCGCGGGCGCCCGACGCCCCCCGCGGGGACGAGCUGCAGGACGUGGCAGAAAAUCUACUUCAGGAACUUCAAGAACAUUUUCAAGCUCUUACUGCAACAUUAAACCUCAGAAUGGAAGAAAUGGGAAAUCUCAUUGAGGACUUGCAGAAGAAUGUGAAUGACCUAAUGGUGCAAGCGGGGAUUGAGAAUCCUGUGAAAGAACAAACGACCUGAAGAUGUUAUUAAACAAGUUACUUGAAACUGCU